AUGAUUAAAUUUCAGAUUUUACCCGGACAACAUUUCACAGCUAGAGAGUUACGAGCACUUUAUCGUACAUUUAAGGAUGCAUUACCAAUUUGUCGUGAAUCAUUCCGUAAUAUAUAUGCUAAUAUUUUUCCGCACGGUGAUGCGGAACAAUUUGCUGAUUUAAUUUUUGAUAAUAUCGUAUGUCAACAUGCGGAAUAUGUUACAUUUACGGAUUUCAUCAUGGCAUAUUCAAUUUUGUCCAGGGGAACAAUGGAAGAAAAAUUAAAUUGGAUGUAUAAAUUAUAUGACCCGAGAAAUACCGGUAAAAUUGAAUGGGAACAAAUUUUUAGAAUUAUCACUGCUACUGAUGAUUUGAUUGGUUAG